UGGCCUCUGCUGUGUCGUCUGCUCUAGUCAGCUCCGUCCAGCGACACAGGCCACAGCACCGAUCUAAUUCCAUCUUCAGCAGUAUAGUUAGAUUCAUCCUUUGAGUGGGCUCAUCGAAGGUGUGAAUGCAGGUUACAGUUGAAGGGAGCAACCUGGGAACGAGCCAAGAGGCGAUCUACGAUAAGAUCAAAAUUGGCGGGAUUCCUUGCAAUCUCACUGAAUACAAUGUGUCAGUGAGUGAGCCGGGGUCGUCUGCAGGAUCGGAGCAAGUGGGUUGCCGCUCGGGGCAGACGUGGUCCUUGGGAAUCGUGCUGGCAUCACACAGGCGAAGAAAAAGUUCCAGUAUUGACAAGCCAUGGUGUGCCACCUUCGGCCUCACACUGGACUCCAGUCCGGAGGCACUCGUCUCUGCAUCAGCGGAUCGAAGCUCAACGUCGACAGCAACCUCACAGUGUACCUCGACAACCUCACUUGUACUGUGGACAAAACAUUAGCCAGCAACAGCCAGAUAUCAUGCAAAAAUGAGCAACACCACUACACCAAAGUACAAUGUUUCUUACUUAAUCCUAAAGAUCGACAAUGCCACCCUGAGUGUACAAAGCCCUUUCAAUCAUCUCGGAAGACCCAACCAUACUCAAGAUAUCACCGCUUAAAGGCUUUGUCAGAUUUCCACCCGUCAAUGCCAAAGCAUACCGCCAGCUUCCCAGCAGUGACAGGCAGAAAAGCCUGGGCAAAGACAACCGCAUUGCAGGUGAAAGCCACACUGGUCUCCGCACAAGUUGAAAAAACGACCAAGAUGCUGGUGGUCAUCAGGACGAGUAGGCGCUUCCGCACUGGUUUUUCCAUGGAAGACGUCAGCGGUGUGCCCUGAGCUGCCCCUUCACUCAAACCUGGUAUACGUGCCGAAUGCUCAGCUCAAUCGCUUUCAUGGCUCCACUAUCAGGUUAAAUCCUAUAACAGCAAGCACAAUGAUAAGUAGGAAAGAAUAAAACAAUGAUACUUUCUUA